AUGUUUCAGCAGUCCUCCCGCAUUUCCGGUGGCUCUACUAGCCAUGCGGCGUCGCCGUCGUCCACCAUCGAGCUUCGCUCAUCCCCAACAUCUGUUCCACUGAAUCCCUCCGACAACAGCGGCUGCAGGACCCGAAAGCGCAAGCCAACCGCGAACACUUGGGCACACGCCCGUGAGCCCCAGGAGUCAGAGCCAGCACGCUGCCCCCGGAAGAACGAGAAGAUUUAUUACUGCAUGCACUGCCGAGAUCCCACCUCUUCCACGACCGUCUCAACCACGUUUCGCCGCCAUUUGCUCAAGAUCCACGGAAUUGAGCUAGUUGCCCAUGACCAUCCGAUCAAGAAACGGCGCGACAGCCUUAUCCAGGAUGUCUUCGCUAAGGCUGGUGAGGCAGCACUUGAGGCACUGAUGCAGCUCGUCACGGUCCGCAAUCUCUCCUACAACUGCAGCUCUUGGCCAGAACUGCACGCGCUCAUUUGUGCCGUGAACUACACUGCGGAGGAUCUGAUUAGUCUAUCUCACGGCUCCAUUCAAAAGCUAGUCUCCAAUUCCUACUGUGUGCACAAGGAUAUUCUUCGGAGGAAGCUGCAAUCGUCGCCGUCGAAGCUCCACCUCUCCGCGGACGUUUGGUCGGCUCCAAACCACAAAGCAUUCCUUGGAAUUUGCGCCAAAUUUGUGGAUAUGGAUGCUAAGGAGACGAUGCAGGCGUUGCUGGCCCUGUCAGAGCUACCCGGCCUCGAUGGACCGGGAAGUCAUGGUGGAGCUGAGCAAUGGAAGCUACUCCAGCACGUUCUCGAGGACUACAACAUCUGGAAUAAGAUCGGCUUCUACACCGGCGAUAACCAUGGUUCCAAUGACAAGCUUUGCAGGUUGCUCAGCGAGCAUCUUCGAGGGAAAGGCAUCAGCUGGGAGGCAAAGAAGCAGAGGAUUCGCUGUCAUGGCCAUGUCAUCAACCUCGCUGUGCAAGCAUUCCUCUUCAUGGACUCCAAAGAAGCCGCACGUGCAGCUCUGGAACAGAUUGAGAGCGACGACGCAGUUGCCUAUGGCAGUGAUUUCGCCGAACGGGUCAAGGCGCAACAAGCGCUCGGUUGGCGUCGUUUGGGACCUCUUGGCAAAGUCCACAACAUCUCUGUGCACAUACCAUGCCCCACCCCCCUUUGGGUAACACCCCCCUUUGGGUAG